GCCAUUUCAGAAAAAGCCGCAAGUAGGCUUAAAUUCCACUAAAUCUAAAAAACUUUAUUUAUUUUGAAAAAAACCAGAUUUUUAUUUAAAACAAACAAAAAGGAAAAAGAAAAUUGAGAUUUGUUUAUCAGUCAAUAGAUGAAAGGCAGCGGCUACCAUCUUUGGCAAUAAAUAGGCUCAAACUCUUCCACCUUCAGAAAUCGUGCCGAUUCCUCCUCUCUGCCGUUCCCUCCCUUUUUUUCUCUAAUUUAGUUCUCUCUCCGUUUUCAUCUCCGUUCGCUACGUUAUAGUUCGGUUAGUCUCCUCCUCUCAUUUCUCUCCUUCACUCAUUAAUACUGUUUGCCUUGAUUCAAACUCUUCUCUCAUGUCCUUUUUCUACAAUCCUAUUGAUGUUUCCCGUUUGAAUCUUCUUUAAAACGAUUUGAAAUUCUCUCAAAAGUUCUUAAACAUUGUCUUUUUUUUUGUCUGAAGUUCAAUUUUUAUCUCUUUUCUUUUUUCAUUAAGAUAUACGGAAAAUGGCUUCCCACAUUGUUGGAUAUCCCCGUAUGGGACCCAAGAGAGAGCUUAAAUUUGCUUUGGAAUCUUUCUGGGAUAAGAAGAGCAGUGCUGAGGAUUUGAAAAAAGUUGCAGCUGAUCUCAGGUCAUCCAUCUGGAAACAGAUGUCUGGUGCUGGGAUCAAGUACAUCCCCAGCAACACUUUCUCUUACUACGACCAGGUUCUUGAUACCACAUCCAUGCUCGGAGCUGUUCCACCUAGAUAUAACUGGACUGGUGGUGAGAUCGGAGAUGACACUUACUUCUCCAUGGCUAGAGGAAAUGCCUCUGUGCCUGCCAUGGAAAUGACCAAGUGGUUCGAUACCAACUAUCACUUCAUUGUUCCUGAACUCGGACCUGAUGUUAAAUUCUCUUAUGCUUCUCACAAGGCAGUGGAUGAGUUCAAGGAAGCUAAGGCGCUCGGAGUUGACACCGUCCCAGUCCUUAUUGGCCCUGUCUCAUAUUUGUUGCUGUCAAAACCCGCAAAGGGUGUCGAGAAGACCUUUUCUCUUCUUUCUCUCCUCCCCAAAAUCAUCCCUAUCUACAAGGAAGUUAUAUCCGAGCUUAAGGCAGCUGGUGCUUCCUGGAUUCAGUUUGAUGAACCCACCCUUGUCUUGGAUCUCGACUCUCAACAAUUGCAAGCAUUCACUGCUGCAUAUGCUGAUCUGGAAUCGGCUCUUUCUGGCUUGAAUGUUCUGAUCGAAACUUACUUCGCUGAUCUUACUCCUGAGGCAUACAAGACCCUCAUUGGAUUGAAGGGUGUUACUGCUUAUGGUUUGGAUUUGGUUCGUGGAACACAAACCACUGAUUUGGUCAAGAAGGACUUCCCUAAAGGCAAAUACCUCUUUGCUGGAGUUGUUGACGGAAGGAACAUUUGGGCCAAUGAUCUUGCUUCUUCCCUUAGAACCUUGCAGGCUCUUGAGGCUGUUGUUGGCAAAGACAAGCUCGUGGUGUCCACCUCAUGCUCGCUUCUCCACACUGCUGUUGAUUUAGUAAAUGAAACUAAGCUCGAUGAUGAAAUCAAAUCCUGGCUUGCAUUUGCUGCGCAGAAAGUUGUUGAAGUUAAUGCCCUUGCGAAGGCAUUGGCUGGUCAGAAAGAUGAGGCCUUCUUCUCUUCUAAUGCUGCUGCUCAAGCCUCAAGGAAGUCCUCCCCAAGAGUCACCAAUGCGGCUGUUCAAAAGGCUGCUGACGCUUUGAAGGGCUCUGACCACCGUCGUGCAACAAACGUUAGUGCUAGACUUGAUGCGCAGCAGAAAAAGCUUAACCUACCAAUCCUACCAACCACGACCAUUGGAUCCUUCCCUCAAACGGUUGAACUCAGGAGAGUUCGUCGUGAAUUCAAGGCUAACAAGAUCUCAGAGGACGAUUACGUUAAAGCCAUUAAGGAGGAAAUUAAGAAGGUUGUCAACCUUCAGGAAGAACUCGACAUUGAUGUCCUGGUUCAUGGAGAGCCUGAGAGAAACGAUAUGGUUGAGUACUUUGGUGAGCAGUUGUCUGGUUUUGCUUUCACUGUUAAUGGGUGGGUGCAAUCUUAUGGUUCUCGCUGUGUCAAACCACCGAUCAUCUAUGGUGAUGUUAGCCGCCCCAAGGCAAUGACUGUUUUCUGGUCAUCUACUGCCCAAAGCAUGACUAAACGCCCAAUGAAGGGAAUGCUUACCGGUCCUGUUACCAUCCUCAACUGGUCCUUUGUCAGAAAUGAUCAGCCCAGAUUCGAAACUUGCUACCAGAUUGCCUUGGCCAUCAAGGAUGAAGUUGAGGAUCUUGAGAAGGCUGGUAUCAAUGUUAUCCAAAUUGAUGAGGCUGCUUUGAGAGAGGGGUUGCCGCUUAGAAAGUCUGAGCACGCCUUCUACUUGAAAUGGGCUGUCCACUCCUUUAGGAUCACCAACUGUGGUGUCAAGGAUACCACCCAGAUCCACACCCACAUGUGCUACUCCAACUUCAACGAUAUCAUCCACUCAAUUAUCGACAUGGAUGCGGAUGUCAUUACCAUUGAGAACUCACGUUCAGAUGAGAAGCUACUGUCAGUAUUCCGUGAAGGAGUGAAGUAUGGUGCUGGAAUUGGCCCUGGUGUGUAUGAUAUCCACUCUCCGAGAAUACCAUCAACUGAAGAGAUUGCUGACAGAAUUAACAAGAUGCUGGCGGUGUUGGAGACCAACAUCCUGUGGGUUAACCCUGACUGCGGGCUGAAAACUCGCAAGUACGAGGAGGUGAAACCGGCACUGAACAAUAUGGUUGCUGCUGCCAAGCAGCUCCGCACCAAACUUGCCGGUGCCAAGUGAGAGCCAUCCAAGAGAGGGAAAAGACGUUACAUCUAGUAAUCAAUAUCAAUAAGUGUGGUUUCCUGAUGAAAUAUUAUUGGUCAGGCGCCCUCUGAACCCAAUUCAUUCCCACCUUUUCUCUUUGGAAAAUCUUUUAUUUUUUCUUGCAGAGUUUCGAUAUUUUGGAGAUUGGGUUGCUUGGGGGUGGGUUAUUUGUUCGGCCUGUCUUAGGUUUUGGAUUUAUUAUUUUAAUAAUAGAAUCGUGUUUUUACUUACUUUUGAUUGUAAAGAAUAAAAAUAUUAAUAUAAAAAUGACACCAUUAUAUAAUUUUGUGGAAUAA